GACAGCUAAGAAUUUGACAUUAUUUAGGAUUCGGAUGUUGAUUUUGUGCUGUGUACGGAUUUGAAUUUUUUUUUUUACCGAAUGUAUAUAAUUUAAACAACAGAAUAAAAACAUUACUUUGUUAUGUUUUGCUAAAUAAGUAACUUCAAUAGCUUUCGGUUGGUUGAUGUUAAGUAGUGAAAAAUGACUUCAGAAACUGAAGAGAAGGCCCUGCGCUAUAGGCGAGCACAGAGUGUGUCUAAAGCAGAGGAAAUAACUGAGCAAGAGAAGAGAGUAAGGAAAUUACAAUUGGAUAAGCCCAUUCACACUCCCAGGGACUCGUUAUUCUCAUGGAGCUCAGAAUUCAACAACUUCACGGGUUUAGUCAACUGGGGUUUCUUGAUGCUCUCCGUUGGCGGAGUUCGUUUAGGACUUGAAAACUUCUUAAAGUAUGGGCUGCGUGUAAACCCUUUCGAGUGGUUCAUAGUGUUGACAGGAUACAAUGAGGGCACCAGUAGCCAAUAUCCAUCCUUCAUUUUAAUAGUGUUUAGCAUUGUUCCUAUAGUAAUCAGCCUUCUUAUUGAAAAGGGAAUAGCAGUUGAUUUUCUACCAGAAAAGUUUGGAGUAGGAUUGCAGAUAUUCAACAUGUUCUUCUUAGUAUCCUUGCCAGUGGUCGUUUUGAAUUUUAAGGGAAACGAUUUUAGUUUUGUGGGUAUAACAUCAGUCUGCAUGCUUUAUCUAAUAAUAUUCUUAAAACUUUGGAGUUACACGCAAACGAACUUCUGGUGCCGGAGCGGUUUGAAGAAAAAGUAUUUAGACAACAAACUCAGGCGACAGAGUUUAUCAGCACCCAAUUGGAAUAAACUAAUAACUGCCGAACAUGAUCAAAGUAAGGAAGACCUGAUUAAUGAUUCGCCGGCGGCUGCUAAGCUGACGAAGUAUCCUGAUAACCUGAAUUUGAAAGAUUUGUUUUACUUUAUGUUGGCCCCUACCCUGUGUUAUGAGUUGAAUUACCCUCGCACCGACCGAAUCAGAAAGAGAUUUGUCAUCAAAAGGUUGUUGGAGUUGAUAUUUGGAGUGAAUCUCGUAUUGGCGUUGUUCCAGCAAUGGAUGAUCCCUACUAUUAUCAACUCUGUAGACACAUUCGCCAAAAUGGACCCCAUCAGGAUUACAGAGCGAUUACUUAAGUUGGCUGUGCCUAACCAUUUACUCUGGCUGUGUUUCUUCUACCUGACCUUCCAUUCGUUCCUAAACCUGAUGGCGGAGCUGCUUCAGUUCGCCGACCGCAAGUUCUACGGCGACUGGUGGAAUGCCAACAACAUAUCCACGUUCUGGAACUCUUGGAACAUGCCCGUACACAUGUGGGCGGUCAGGCACGUCUACAAACCUAUCACUGGAUUGGGAUACACAAAGUUCUUCGCCGGUAUCGUCGUUUUCGCCAUUUCUGCGCUUUUUCACGAAUAUUUGGUUAGUGUUCCUCUUCAAAUGUUUAGAAUUUGGGCCUUCUUGGGUAUGAUGGCCCAACCGCCCCUAGCGAUAAUCUCCCGCCACGCCGAAGUUAGGCUCGGUCCCCGUUGGGGCAACAUUAUGGUGUGGAGUUCGCUGAUUUUGGGCCAGCCGCUUGCCAUCAUGAUGUACUUCCAUGACUAUGCCAUGCUGCAUUUCAAACCAGUACAGUAAAUCAAAACAGAAAUAAAAAGACGGAUUACAAAUUAAUAAGCAAGCAACAGAAGAUGUUGACGUAUAGCUGUAGGCAUAAGAAGAACAAAAAUAUCGCCGCCAUUAAAAAGUAAAACAAAUAUUCGUGUUUUGUUAAUUGAAAAUUAGGAUUCAAAUAUCGAUCCGUCUUUUUUUUUCAUUUGAAGUAAUAGCCAAUGUUAAUAAAUAUGUACACAGUAAAGAGGGAUUAAUUAGAAAUAAAGGGUACUCUCUAUAAAAAUAGCAUAAGCAUAAGUGAUUGUGUCCAAAAUGAGCCAAAUUAUAACUUAGAUUAUUAAGAAUAAUUGAUGCCAUAACAAAUUAGUUUAUAGAUUUUGUAUGAAAAUUGAGAUUUAUAUUUAUGAAUUUUACCAAUUCUUUUUGGCGGUCGGAGCUUAGUAUAUAGUAAA